UGUUUACGGGCGGGAAGAGCGAACGUAGCUGACUGUGGGGUUGCUGUGUUUAAACCCGCAGCACUUUUGUUUUAAUUCCCCCUCCACGCUGAUGCUCUGCGCGCUUUAAUGAUACACGGGGCGUUGAGAGGUCGAGUGGAUAUCCUUUAAGUUGACCGCAGCCGAAAAGUAAGGAGAUUUGGAGAGUGUGGGGCAGAUGGAGGAUCCUCCUGCGGAUUCUGGCGGCGGUGGUGCAGCUGCAGAGGGCCCCGCGGUGCAGGUGGCGGAUAUCUGCUGGCCAGCCGGGGCUCUCCCUGUACGGCUUAUAGAGUGGAAAGUCAAAGCAGGCUCUCUUGUUAACGUGGACUCUGUGCUAGCAGUGUGCGCUCCUGUACUCCAGGAGAAAGGGGCUGAUGUUGCCAGGCUGCCGGAGAGGAAGGUGAAAUCGGACCGAGCUGGAAUAGUGAAGGAGCUGUGCAUUCAGCUCGGACAAGUCAUAUCUCCCGGGGGUGUCAUCCUCAAAAUAGAAGAAUGCAGCCAUCCCAUAGUCAUGAAAGGUUUAUGUGCCGAAUGUGGUCAAGAUCUGACUCAGCUCCAGAGCACAAAUGGGAACCAGCAAACUCCCAUCUCCACAGCAACAGUCUCCAUGGUGCAUAGUGUCCCCGAGCUGAUGGUGAGCUCUGAGCAAGCAGAACAGCUGGGCAGAGAAGACCAGCAGAGACUCCACCGGAACAAAAAGCUGGUCCUCAUGGUGGAUCUGGACCAGACGCUGAUUCACACCACUGAACAGCACUGCCAGCGUAUGUCCAACAAGGGAAUUUUCCAUUUCCAGCUCGGCCGAGGAGAGCCUAUGCUUCACACGCGACUCCGUCCACACUGCAAGGAGUUCUUGGAGAAAAUCGCCAAACUCUACGAGCUGCACGUCUUCACAUUUGGGAGCCGCCUUUAUGCACACACCAUUGCUGGUUUCCUGGAUCCUGAAAAGAAGCUUUUCUCUCAUCGAAUCCUUUCUAGAGACGAAUGCAUCGAUCCAUUCUCAAAGACAGGGAAUCUUAGGAACCUUUUCCCUUGUGGAGAUUCGAUGGUCUGUAUCAUCGACGACCGAGAGGAUGUGUGGAAGUUCGCACCCAACCUCAUCACUGUGAAGAAAUACAUUUACUUCCAGGGCACAGGAGACAUUAAUGCUCCCCCAGGAUCGCGGGAAGCUCAAAUGGCCAGGAAAGGAGGCUCCUCAAGUCGGCCAGCAGAGAGCACAGAACAAAUAGGGACGCUUGGUGCCGAUGAGCAAAAUAAUGGCCUCAGGAAAAGGGCGAAGGAUAAUAAUGUUUCUGGAAAGCAAGAGUCCACAACACCUCAGUCUUCUCAGAGCGUACCAGCAAAUGAACGGACACACCCAACAGUGAAUGAGGAGGCGGAAUCAGGACAAAGUAAAGGGUCAGAGACCGAGACAAAGCCUGGGGUAGGAUCCAAGGAAACCCAGGCAGAUGACAGUAUAAAUGUUAAGGAAGAUGAUACAAACAGGACACGAGAGGCACAGGAAGGUGCUAAUUCAUCAGCAUCAAGACCCGAGUCCAAUAACCUAGACUUUGACCUUUCCAGUGACAGUGACAGUGACUCCAUUACAGAAAAGCCUCCCUCAUCAGAGAGCGAUAGUGAAAGUACAUCUGGCCAGACAAAGGAAUCUGGACAAGAAGGAGCCACACAAGAGCACACUUGUGAGGAUGGGGCAAAGGAAGAGGACAGUAAAGGUAGAGGUGAAGGUGAAGGUGAAAGCAGUUCUGACUUAGCAGAACCUUCAGGAGUUCUUCUACCUGACCCUGAGCUCGGAAAUGGUUGCUCAGACAGGAGAGAGCCAGAAACAGAGUCCCAGAAUAGUGAACAAUCUGGGGUUACCAUGGGUGAGGAGCUGCUGGACCAGAGUAUGGAAGAUGAUGAUGAGGAGGAGGAAGAAGAAGCAGAUAAUGACCAGGAUGAUCACCUCAUCUACCUAGAGGAGGUGCUCGAAAGGAUCCAUGCAGAGUAUUACGCCCGCUAUGAGGCAUACUUGAGGAAGGAUGCCUCCGAAAUGCCGGACAUUCGCAAGAUUGUCCCAGAGCUGAAGGGCAAGACACUGGAGGGAACGAUGAUAGUGUUCAGUGGUCUAUACCCCACCAACUACCCCAUGGAGAGGACCCGUGAGUACUACCAUGCUAAAGCGCUGGGGGCCAAGAUUGGCAAGAAUCUGAUUCUUAGUCCCCAAAAUCCCAAUCGGACGACGCACCUCAUCGCAGCAAGAGCUGGUACCGAGAAGGUUCGCCAGGCACAAGGUUGCAAGCACCUCCAUGUUGUCAACCCAGACUGGCUGUGGAGCUGUCUAGAGCGGUGGGAAAGGGUGGAGGAGCAGCUCUAUCCACUGAAGGAAGAUAACUCUAAGACAGCACGGAGCAACAGUCCAGCACUUUUCCCUGACAAUCAGGGCUCCCUACAGAAGCCUAUUUUCCAUCCAGCACCCAUCCAUCCCAGACCUCCACCUGCAGCUCCAGAAGUUCGCACAUAUGACUCCGUCACAGGGAAACUGAUUCGCAGGGGCCCUCAAGUGUCCCGUCCAUCAGCCUACCUCCACACGUCAGGAUCUUUGUUGCUCUCUGAUCCCAGAGAGCAGUCUGAUCUCAGGGGAACCUCACAGAGUCAGCAAGACGAGGCAGCGGGAUCCAGCCAAGAUGACGAGCAGCCGGGACCGUCUCGUCGAAAACGACAGCCAAGCAUGUCAGAAACAAUGCCACUAUACACGCUCUGCAAGGAGGACCUUGACAGCAUGGACAAAGAGGUGGACGACAUCUUAGGCGAGGAGAGCGACAACGAGAGCGAGGGCCGAGGGAAGGAAAAGCCAGGUAACGAGGAGAUGGAGGAUGAAGAGGAGAAGCGGCAACAGCACCAGCAGGCAGGAGCUGGACAGACAGCAGGAAGGAGACUCGAUCCUCAGGCGAUGAGCAUUGAGGAGAGGCUUCAGACUCCAUCCAGUGUGGCCAAUCAAAGUGUCACAAGGGGCCACAAACGUAAGCAUGAUGAAGACAAGGAGGAAGAUGAUGCCGACAGCAACAACGCAGAAGACAAGGAAGAAGGGGAGAACUCUGCAGACGAAUCUUCCAAAGACUCCAAUGAGGAGGAGGAAGGCAGUAACUCAGAGGCAGAUGAGAUGGCUGCUGCCUUGGAGGCAGAGCUCAAUGACUUUAUGUGAUGAGGAAACUUAAGGGGCUCAAAGACAACAAGAGUAAAACCUCAGUCUCCCCAACAAAUGGUACCUAAACAGUUAUUUUUCUGCUUUGGGAUCUGUGUGUAAUUAGGAUGUAUGAGCCAUGAGUCCUGUAAUAAAAAAAGAAAACAAUAAUAACAAAUGUGCUGUACAGAAAUGUGUUGUAUAAAACAAAAACAAAGGUUUAGAUUUUUGUAGCAUUGAUGUAUAGCCUUUUUGGCAACAAAAAAUAACUAAACAAAUGUUAACAUUUUAUUGUAACAUAAACUAUCCGGCAAGUGAAAUUUGAUACUUUUUGUUUUUCUAUUUCGAUUUUUUUUAUAUUGUUGAGAAACAAAUGAGUGAGAUCAUACCGUGUAAAUUUUGCUGAUUGUACAUGCCAAAGAGUUUGAAAUAGGUUUACUAAGGCCUGCAGCUAAAUAUUUUACUCUUGACUUCCAGUUUUAUUUUUUCUUUUGGCCUCUUUGACAGUUUUUUAGUGUCAUAAAUGCAACCAGCGGAUCUAGACGUAUGAAUGUGUUUCCACAGGUCGUUUCCUCCUCCUCAUGGUGUUUGUACAUUUGAUACAUUUGCAACGAUGAGAUCUGAACUGUUGAGUCUUUUGUGCACUCUGACCACAAUAAGGCUCAUUUGUCCUUCGUCAGCCAUCGUAAUUACUGAUGUCUUUGUUUCUUUCACCUAUCUCCCCAUUUACACUGGAGCCAGUCACUUUUCACACCUUUCUUAAUGGGUUAUGUCACAAAAUUGACGCAGAAAAUUCUCAGUUAUCUUACCCAGUUUGGGUUUUUAUCUGACUUGCUUGAGAGAUUCCAUUUGCAGCUCAGCCUUCUGUAAUCUGACGGAAUAACCUGACAUUUUGGGAAAUAUUUUCUGUCGAGAGGUGACCACCAGUAGCUGGCACAAAUACUGGAAAAAAGAGGGAACUGGCUAAGUGACUGAUUUUGAUUAUAAAAUAUUUGUUUUAUUCACCUUUUUAUGCAAAAAAUGCAAAACAUUUGCCAACUUUUGCUUUUUCCAGUGUGAAGAUUUUACUCAUUCUUGUGUAUGAUGUUAAAUUGAAUAUUUGGUCAAAUGUAGUAAGGCAAAAGAAAUAAAAAAAAUAUAUAUAUAUACCUCAGUCUUUUGACAGCCAUUUUUCUGUUUAGAUUUUAUUGACAAAACUGCUGAUCAAUUAAACAUGAGUGUGAUUGUCAGAUUAUCAGUAAUGAAAAUAAAGUUCACCAAUUAACAAAUAAAUCAAGAUUAUGUUUCAUUAAAAUAUACCACAACUUUUUUUUGCAUGUGGUAAUAUGAUGGAUUAUAUAUAUAUUUUGUGUGUGUGUCUAUAUAUUUUUCUCUUAUGUGUGUGUGCUAAGCUGUCUGGCAAACAUGAAAUCCCUAACAUAUUUCCCAAAAUGUGAGCUAUCCAUUUAAAGAAAACUGCAAGUGGUAUAAAAAGCAAAGGAAGUUUGUUACCAUUGCUGUUUCUGUUCAGAUGCCUCCUUUAGUAAACUUUUGUGUAGUAUUGUAGUUGUAGCUAAUUUCAACAUGUCUCAAGUUGUGUAAUUACCAGAUGUGAUGAUCGCAUUGGCUGACUGUGAUGUUCAGGCUAGCGUCUGCAUUUUGUGAACAUUUUCACCUUCAAAACAGUCAGUAGUUAAUUCUAAUAAAGUGAAGAUGACAAUGCCACAACAUGUAACUCGAGACAUACCAGAAUAUGACAAAUACUCUUUAAUCUUUUGCUAAUGGGGGUAUUAGUUAUUUAACAUCACUAAUAACCUGCUGCUGCCCAUGAAACAUUGUUCUGCUGCUACACACCACCUGCACUGUUGAUGUGUUAGACUGUAUUUCUAUGAAUUUGCAGGACAUUCCUGUGCGCUGUUGUCGCAGCUGUGAAUUAGUUUGUUUUUUCGUUUUUAAAGUGGUGAUGAGGCUGUCAUGGCCACAAGGUGCUCGUGUGGAUUCUAUUUGCCGGUGUUUUCUUCAGGUGCAGCGUGUUGCGCUCUUUCAGCCACUAUGCCAAACAACCCGACAGCUAAAUAUUUAGAAAAUUUACCUAAAACUUUUCAGUGAAAUGCGUAUAUAUUUUCACUUAGAUUGUACUUGUGGGAGAACUCUGACAAAAAAAAAAAAAAAAAAAA